AUAUACACACACACACACAUAUAACCAUAGGUCUGACUUAAACUCUGAUGCCUCUGACCUUGUUAUAGCUUGCUACAUGUUUACUGCAUGCGCGGUGCAAACGCUUCAUAACGUUACUGUAGGUAGUUAGGGUUAGCUGCUCUGUUUUGUUAGGCUAGGUGGCUAACUGGAGCUAGUUAGAACAACAACACUCGCACGUUACUGUAGGUAGUUAGGGUUAGCUGCUCUGUUUUGUUAGGCUAGGUGGCUAACUGGAGCUAGUUAGAACAACAACACUCACACGUUACUGUAGGUAGUUAGGGUUAGCUGCUCUGUUUUGUUAGGCUAGGUGGCUAACUGGAGCUAGUUAGAACAACAACACUCACACGUUACUGUAGGUAGUUAGGGUUAGCUGCUCUGUUUUGUUAGGCUAGGUGGCUAACUGGAGCUAGUUAGAACAACAACACUCACACGUUACUGUAGGUAGUUAGGGUUAGCUGCUCUGUUUUGUUAGGCUAGGUGGCUAACUGGAGCUAGUUAGAACAACAACACUCACACGUUACUGUAGGUAGUUAGGGUUAGCUGCUCUGUUUUGUUAGGCUAGGUGGCUAACUGGAGCUAGUUAGAACAACAACACUCGCACUCAAAGGUCAUGUUUUCCCUGCUGGUGGCAGUGAUCUGUGGACUGGAAACGUACUGAUGUUAACGUUUUGUGUUACGUUAAGUAGCGGUGAUGAUGAUGUGUGUGCAGCCCCACAGUCGAUAUAUUUGUGGUAGGCUGAGCAGCUGUUUUGAUGCUGUUCUUUCAACAUCUGGACUAAACCUGUACUGACUGUCAGGUUCUUCUACCGGUGAGACUUUGUUGCUGAUAUGUCUAGACGAAGCAGGAACAGUCGUGCUUGGAGAUAUGUUUGGGGUGGAAUACGGCGGGAUGCAGAUGCCCGGACACUGGUGUUGGCUUCUGAAAGUGAUACGUGGAGCUAUGACCGCUUAGAGUAUAGUGACUCAGACUCUGAGGCGGACUUUUCAGCAGUGAUGGUCCCUCCAGUCCCCAGUGCAGUGCCUGUCACUGGAGAGUCCUACUGUGGCUGUGAUUCCCAGGCUGAAACCAGCUGCAACCCUCGUCUACGAGGUUUUCGUCAAGUUAAAGACUGCCACUGUGGAGAGGAUGACCAAGAUUUUGAUUGGGUGUGGGAUGCUAACAGUCGAUCGACAGCAACGUUACUGAGCUGUGACAAUCGCAAAGUGAACUUCCACUCUGAAUACAGCUGUGGUACAGCUGCAAUCCGUGGCUCCAAAGAGCUGGUUGAAGGGCAGCACUUCUGGGAAAUCAAGAUGACGUCCCCGGUGUAUGGAACAGACAUGAUGGUUGGCAUUGGUACUUCUGAUGUCAACUUAGACAAAUACAGACACACAUUCUGCAGCCUGUUGGGGAAAGAUGCCGACAGCUGGGGUCUGUCUUACACUGGCUUGUUGCAUCAUAAAGGAGACAAGAUGAACUUCUCUUCUCGGUUUGGACAGGGUUCCAUCAUCGGAGUCCAUCUGGACACGUGGCAUGGCACACUCACUUUCUUUAAGAAUCGAAAGUGUAUAGGUGUUGCUGCCACAGAGCUACAAAAUAAGAGGUUUUAUCCGAUGGCGUGCUCCACGGCAGCGAAGAGCAGCAUGAAGGUGAUCAGAUCCUGCUCUGCACCUACAUCCCUGCUGUACCUUUGCUGCGCUCGCCUUCGCCAGCUGCUGCCGGACUGUAUAGACACCCUGGAUGUGUUGCCACUGCCGCCAGGCCUUCGUCAGUUGCUCCAAAACAAACUAGGUUGGGUGCUCAGUCUCAAUAGUGGUGCCACAGAAGAAACCCCAGACGGGCUGGAGCACCCAUCACGUUUGCCUGUUACCCCCUUGGCUGGACCAUCCUCCUCUGAGAGCGACUCAGAGGGUUGUACAUCUGACCCCGAAGCUUGUCAGAGGAAGAGAUGCCGCUGGACAUGACUGGACAGUUUGAAAACUACCUCCUCUGAAACGCUGGUAGAUGUUACUGUCCUCUGGCAUCUAAUCUCACGUUCCUGACCUACUGUAAGCUUUCCUCAACACCAGUGUUACACAGUAGUAAAGAUAGUAAUCUGGAACAGUUGCUCAGAAGGAGUAGUCUGUAGGUGGAAAACUGGCAUAUUUCUGCUGGCAUGUGAUCUUCCAUGCCUUUCAAACAUCUUCAUGCUAAUCAUGCACUUAGUAUCAUUAGCAUAAUAUCAUCAUAGCUUCAUUGCAUAAUAUAUGGUAAUAUAUGGUGAUAUUUUGUUACCUAGCAUAAUCUGUUGCCAUUCAUAUAUGGGGAUUAGCGAUGUGUGGGAAUGGUAUAGUAAAGUGUACAGUGUAACACUGAAUUUGAUUAUGGCCAAAUUUUGGUGGUCUUUGUGGCAUAUUUGCAAAAAUGUGGUUUCAAAAAUGAGACUUUAUAGAUGUUUUCUGUGUUUUCAUCCUGUAUGCAAAUCAUUUAUGUUGUUUUCAAACUAAAUGAUGUCCAUGCAUUAUCAGAGUGCUUUGUUAUCUACUAUUCUGGCAUCAGCAAGUUCCUUUUAGGUUGCCGAAGUGAGAAUCAGUUGGUAUGCUUUAUUUCUUACCAGCACGUCAUACACACCACUGAUUACUCAGUAUUAUUUUUCUUGAAAGGUUACAAAUGAAAUGUUUGUUGUAUUCAUGGAAACAUCCAUCUCUCAUCAGCUUUUUGAAGCCUCCUGUGGAACAGUCAUUCUCCUUGUUUGUAGACCCAAUAGAUUUCCUCUUUUUUACAAGAUGUAAGCACUACAGAUUAUUAUUUAGUGCAGCUCUUUUAAAUCAGAUUAUAAAAUAGGGCACUCAGAUGAGACUGCCAAACAUAUAAGUAACUUUGUGUUGCUGUUACACCUUUUAGAACUUUUUAAAUGAAAAUAAUUUUAGAUGAUGAGCAGCUUUAAUGUUAAACUUUUGUGUACUGAACUGUUUCAUCCAUUUCCUCAACAACUCCUCAUCACUAAGGUCGUAUGUAUAAGGCUAAAAACACAUUUUGCAUGUUACGCCACUGUCUGGUGACAAUCACAGCUCUGACUGAAGCUUUGUUUUUAGCCAUAUUUUGUCAUAACUGCAUCUUUUGGAACAUAUUAAGCACAAGAAAGAACAGUCGAGAGAUGGACUGUGGUGCCUGAGUGAUUUUCUGCAGAUAUUUUGAUACUCUGGGAAAACUUGUUGAGAAAUAAAAUAUUUUACAGAGUGCUGGUGGUAGAUCGUGAAUGACU